ACAAACAUUGUCCAUCCGUUGAGACGGUCAGUCGAAAGCAGACGCGCGAGUCGGUACAACGUUAGCGCGCGAAUUAAAAAUUUAAAUUUUGUUUUUAAUUUAAAAUAAAAUAACAAAAUGCUGUUCUAUUUCAUCACGGUUUUGUUAUUGGCCAGUGUUCAAGCGAAGUUUUACACGGAUUGUGGUUCAAAGCUGUCCACACUGCAGAAAGUGGACGUAAGCGGGUGUACAGACAACGCGAAGGAAUGCAUCCUCAAGAGAAACACUAAUGUAACCAUCAGCCUGGAAUUUACACCGACAAAGGAUAUUAAGAAUUUGGAGACGGAAGUCCACGGCGUUAUCAUGAACCUGCCGGUGCCAUUCCCGCUGCCGCAGCCGGACGCCUGCAAGGACACCGGACUUAGUUGCCCUUUGAAGGCCGGUGAGGUGGCGAAUUAUAAAUCAACAUUGCCAGUGUUGAAGUCGUAUCCCAAAGUAAAAGUCGACGUGAAAUGGGAAUUGAAGUUUGACGAGGAAGACGUUGUCUGCAUAUUAAUUCCGGCAAAAAUUAAUUAAAACACCAUAUAACUAUUUACAAUUAUGUCGAAGGAAGAAAGUAUGAGGAAAUGUUACAGAUUUUUCGCGCCUUUUUGAAUAUUUUUCUGUUAGAUUUGACCAAGGAAUUUGCAUCGUACAGCCAAAAACUUGUUUUGAUUUUUUUCGAAACUUAAGAUAUACGUUCGAAAAAUUCAAUGAUUUAAAAAAAAUAACGGAAAAUAGCAAAUAAUACAUUUGUCAUUUUUUACCCAGUUUAUAAUUAUUGUACAAAAUAAUCGUAACAUUUGUUAUGUCUAAAUUAUAUUGGCACUUCUUGCCUCACAGGUUUUUAUGUUGUUUCUCACCAAAGUUAAUUUAGAAAUAGUUUUAAU